AUGGGUCAAAUGGAAGGACCAUCUUUUCUGGACAUUCUAGUUCUGAAUCUUCAUUAUAAUUGUCAAGAGACUAGCCCUGAACAUAUUCAUCUAACUGUUCCAGCAAACUGUCCACGAUCGCUUCCAUGCCAAAAUGGUGGCUUCAUCGAUAGUCGAACGUGUAAUCGAUGCAAAUGCCCAACAGGAUUCGGUGGCCAAUUAUGUAAUCAGAUACCGCCGUCGUUCUCAUCAGGUUGUGGUGGUGAGCUGAUUGCCUACGAAGCUGUACGUCGAUUUGACAUCACUAUCAAACAAAUCGGUCAGAGGCGGAACAAAGCAGUGCAUCUAUCACUU